AUGGAGUUUAAUAACACUAUUACAACCGACGGGUUGAGCCAAAUUGCUAGUGCUGACCUAAUAUCGACAGCAACAACAACCUUAGUAUCGUCAUUUUCUGCUUCAAUUGUACAACCAUCAUCAACUAGAUUGGAUAAUCUCGGGGAAAUUGCAAAUAGUACUUUAGUUUCCACUGAUACUUCUCUGUCACAAUCGAUACUGGCUAACCAAAUAACCACAGAUUAUCAAGUAACGGGUAUACCAACAUUUGCAAGAAAUGCUACUCAAAGUGUGACGUCCUCAACGGGAAGUUCUUUGCUUGCCAAUUCUUUGUCUAGUGAGACAUCCAUUACUUCACUUAGUGACCAAUUCGAAUUACCUUCUUCAACUUCAACUUCUUCAAAGAGAAUUUUACCAAGUCUACACCUUUCAUCACUUCCUAAACUUUCUACAACGAGGUCAAAAUACUCAUCAUAUGCUCAAGUAUCUAGCUCCAGUGAUAUAACUUCAUCACUUGUUUCACCUGAAUAUACGUCAAGUUCUUCCACAACCAUUCCUGUAACAACACUUACCUCCACUGUACAUGAUACCAUCACUUCUUCCACUUCUUCCUCUUCGUCAUCAUCAUCAACAUCCGAAUAUUAUUCCAUUUCACACGAUUCCAAAUCCACCUCAGUGUAUUAUAUGUAUUAUUCUCAAGCAUACUAUUUCACAGAUUCCUCUGAAACAUUUACGACGGAAUUACCUCAAAAGACAAGAAUAACCACAACAGGUUUAAAUCCCACAUUGUCCUUUGUCGUCCCUCAGAACACUAUUACCACAGAUGCUGCAUUCUACCAACGUUGGUUGAAUGGUGGUAUGGAUGAUAUUUCAUCAGAUGGUGGAUCUCAAUCAAGCUCUAAUAAAAAUACCAUCAUUGGGUCUGUGGUCGGAAGUGUAGUGGGUGUUUUCCUAUGUGGUAUUAUCAUUUGGGCCAUAUUGUUUAGAAAGGCACGUAAUAAGAAACGUAUUGAUAAGACUAUAUUGAACUCCAUUAAUGAUCAUGAUGAUGCAGAGAUGAAAUAUGGAUUCAGUCAUGAUAUUGGUUCCCGAACCACAUAUUCUUCUACGCAACAACAGGAUAGGAAUAGGGACCCAUUUGGAAACGAGUUUGAAUUCGAUAAUAGAGAGGCAGGUGGUGCCGGGACGAUACCUGUUGGUGCUGCUAAUAGAUCAUCUUACCCGUCAUAUUAUUCAUCUUCUAGUGGUUCUGGUAUGAUAACUGACUCGUCCUUUGGUGGAUCAUCCAUGGGAUCGUUGAAUAUUGACACACAUGAUGGGAUGGCUCAUGGAGAUCAAACCCGCUCCAAUGAUUACCAAAGUUUCCUAAGGGAAAUUAUAUGA